UUCUCCCGUAAAAAAAUGGAAGCAAAUCUCAAGAAGGGAUAUUGGAUCGAAAAGAAAGAUAAUCACUUACGAUCAAAUACUUCUUCAAGAACAAAGAAGGAACUUUGGAUUGUGAAGAAAGAUAAUCGAUUAAAAUCGCAUGUUACUUUAGAAAUGGACAAGAGAGAAUUAGGAGCUAGGCUCAGAAGGAAGAACCCAUGGCUAUGGGAUAACUAUUUUUACAGAACCAAGGGAAGAAUCCCAUAUGGUGAAAGCAGUGGAUGGGAAGAUGAUUCUGUAGCUUCAAAUCUAGCAAAGGAGUGUCAAAAAUUACAUAUGGGUGGACAUUCAUCCUGGUCAUCAGAUAAUGAAUUUGUUGAAGGUGAAAACGAUAAAACAAUUAUCAAAGAUGAUGCCCAAGAAAGCAGCGUUUCAAUGGAUAUAUUCCCUAUUGAAUUGCAAGAGCAAAUUUUAACCCUCCUUCCGUUUCGUAACAUCUUGAAAGCACGUUCUGUUUGCAAACUGUGGAAUGAAAUUGUGGUUUCCAAAAGGUUUCAAGAAUACAUAUCGGGUGGCCUUUCGAAGAAACCUUGGUACUUCAUGUCCGCCAACCCUCACAUCCCUCAUUACCCUGUUGGCUUUCUCUAUAACCCGGUUGUAAGCAAAUGGUAUAACUUUGAGUUGCCGUUUAAGGUGAAGCACGACAGUGAAAUCGCUUCCUCACAUGGUCUAGUGUGCUAUAUAGAUACAGAUUGCGCAGGUGAUCUUCUUGUUUGCAAUCUGAUGACUAAUAGGUACAAGAAACUCGUGUUGCCUUUGGGUGAAAAGAAUUUUGAAUACCAUGGCCUGGCGUUCUCGGUGGAACCAAAUUCGAGCCAAUAUACUAUUAGCGUUGUGAGAUCGAUGGGGUAUGAUGUGUUGAUAAACGUUUAUUCUUCUGAAACAUCGAUGUGGAAUUGCCAGAAGAAAACUUUGCAGGACUGGAAGGGAAGAGGUGACUGUGUCAUUUUGAAUGGGAUGUUAUAUUUGCUAGUCCUUUCUACCACUGCUUUGCCAGGGGAUCAGCACGGCGUAUUGGUUUAUGAUCUCGGUCCUCUACCAUCUAACGACAAGUCAGAAGACACCACGAUAAUCAAUAUUCCUUUCACUAUCACCUGUGGGCGACUAAUGAACGUGCAGGAUAAGUUGGUGAUGGUGGGAGGCACUGGCAUACCUGGUCGACACGGGGUGAUCACUGGAAUUGGCAUUUGGGUUCUCAAAGGGACCGAGUGGGAAGAAGUUGUGCGUGUUCUACCAAAGAUGUUGCACGCGUUUGGAGAGUUAGACGAUGUUUUUGGUAGCUGUGGUGGUGGCGACACUAUAUACAUCCACACGUAUGGAGGGACUAACACACUCGUGUUUGACAUGAACUCGAGAGAAUGGAAGUGGGCGUGGUUUCCAUUGAACAAGAAGUAUCCUCUCCAGAUUUUCACCGGUUUUUGCUUUUAUCCGCGGCUUGAUGUCUCAGUAGGAUGAAGCAGCAAUUAGCUUCAUUAGCAUCAUUGCAUUCAAAUUCUAUAUCAUUUUAGAGCCUAAUAAGCAUCAUCCAUUCAAUAUGCUACUUUCUAUAUCAUUUUAGAGCCUAAUAAGCAUCAUAUAUGCAUCAUUCAAUAUGCUACUCUCACAAGUUGUGUCCACUUGUUUUGGGUUAGCAUUGUAGAAGAAUUGGAUGUUUGUUUUCUGAGCUAAAGAAUUUUGGAUUGUUUCAUCAUAAACAUGUGGAUUUUUGGAACAA